GAGCUGGAGACACAGGAAGUGAGUGCAGGGAGGAGAAUGGAGGCUGCAGGCUGAGAGAAGAGACCUCAGGACAAUACACAACAUGAGGGCCCCCAGGAGCCACCACCAUAGCUAACCCCUGUGACAGCAGACAGGUACAACAUUUGCAAUGUCUCAACGCUACUCAGAUCCAUCAGUGGGGGAGAAAUCUUUUCUUCUGUUGGAGAAAAAUAAAUAUUUGGACCUCAACACCACCUCAAAUUCUUCAGUACAAAAAAAGACUGUGAACGCCAUGGAUAACGCAUCUUAUGUUCCAGAUCAAAAUCCCUCCCCAGUACAGGCAUCCCGGAUUAUACUGAGCACAGAGAGUCCGGCUGCACAGAAGCUUGGAACCCAACAAAUGAUCCCAAAAGGCUUGGCCAUUGCCUCCAGAACCAAAGAUCCCAAAAGGCAUCACACCAUUGCUUCAACAACCUUUAGCAAAGAAUUUAUCCGCAUUGACCCUAAGCGGGUGUCUACACCUGACAUCUGUAUAGACUCCCCAGAAGAUGAGCCUGAAGGUGGUGGGACAUUAAAAAGAAAUUUAAGGAACCAGUCUUACCGGGCAGCUAUGAAAGGGUUUAAAGAUGAUGAUUCUGAACCGUUAAAGCCAGUCUCCUCCUUAAAGCCUGUUUCAGAAGAUUCAAAUGCACCACCUCCAAGGAGCCCUGGAAGAUCUAAGAAAACAUUUGCUAAGAAGAAAUUUCAGAGAAAUAUUCCUGGCUCCUUUAAAGACGACCCCAGGUUGUACCAAGAAUACAGAGAACGGGGACUCAGCUCCAACAACCAGGAGUCUGAUGAUGACCUGCUGGAUGAUAACUCCGUCCAGGCUGAACCCCAACCUGAUGAUGCCAUCGUGGUUAAGAACUAUCGCCCUGCUCAGCUUAUCUGGAGCCAGCUUCCAGAGGUACAAGAAGCUGGAAUUCUGGCUAAAAUCUCACCAGAGGAACGCAAGAGACAAGAGGCCAUAUUUGAAAUAAUCACCUCAGAAUAUUCUUACCAGCACAGUCUUGGCAUCCUCUUCCGGCUCUUCAAAAAGUCUGAUGAGCUGAAGCAGACCAUUAAUGGCACAGACCACCAUCAUCUCUUCUCCAACAUUGCAGAUAUCCUUGAACGCAGCAAAAGAUUUUUUGAAGAUCUGGAGAAGCGGCACAAGGAUAAUCCAUUCAUCCACGACAUCAGUGACAUUGUGGAGAACCACGCCUUAAACUAUUUCCAGCCAUAUGUCAUCUACUGCUCCAAUGAAGUGUACCAGCAGCGGACUCUGCAGAGGCUGCUGACUACAAAUGUGGCCUUCAAAGAAACUCUGAAGCAGAUUGAGAUGAAGCCAGAAUGUGGAGGUCUCCCUAUGUUCUCCUUCCUGAUCCUUCCCAUGCAGAGGGUUACUCGGCUCCCCUUGCUGAUGGAUACUAUAUGUCAAAAAGUAGAUCCUUAUUCUCCAGAAUAUGAAGCUUGUACUAGAGCCCUGAAAGCCAUCAGCAAGUUGGUCAAACAAUGCAAUGAGGGGGCUCGGAAGAUGGAGAGGACGGAGCAGAUGUAUACCUUACAAACACAACUAGAGUUUGGGAAAAUCAAGCCCUUCCCUCUGAUAUCUGCAUCUCGCUGGCUCCUGAAGAGAGGAGAGCUUGUCCUGUUGGAAGAGGCCGGAGUAUUCUGGAAAGGCUUUGGGAGAACCGUCUGCUAUCUCUUCCUAUUUAAUGAUGUUCUUAUAAUAACAAAAAAGAAAAGUGAGGACAGCUACACGGUGACGGACUAUGCGAAGACCAAUGAAUAUGCAGUUGAUAUGAUUGACAAUGAAGACAACCAGAUCCCUGUGUCCUCAAAAACCGGGACCAUUGGCAACCGAAGUCCAACAGGGCUGUCUCUAUUCCAGAUUACAAUGAGGAAGAAUAGUGAAGGACGAACGGAGCAAAUUGUGCUGGGAGCGGAAACCCUAAGUGACCGGGCACGAUGGAUUACGGCUCUUGAGGUACAGGAAGAAAAUAAGCGAUACAGCAGAUCCAAGACAGCAGGUUUGCGCCAAGUAGAAAUCACAAAGGCGUAUAUGGCCAAACAAGCCGAUGAAGUCUCCCUCCAGCAAGCCGAUGUUGUUCUGGUCCUCCAGGAGGAAGAUGGUUGGUAUCAGGGGGAGAGGUUGCGAGAUGGAGAAAGGGGAUGGUUUCCUCAGAGUUGUGCCAAGGAAAUCACCAACCAGAUGGCGGUGGAACGUAACGUUAAACGAAUGGAGAGGCUGAGGAUAGAAACGGACGUGUAGAUGACGCGAGGAUGAGUGGAGCAUUGACACAAACUAUACCGCCGACUUCUCCAGAACCGAGACGCCAGCUACCACAGCGGUAUUAUGUUUGCAGGAAUAUUUUUCUGGUUCACGAGACUCUGCUCAGUUUUCAAAUCAAGAAUCCUACAACUUUACCCCCCCCAGGACUGGAGGAUGUGGUGCUCACCCGUCUUUCUCUGGUGUCCUCUAUUACUGACUUCUGGAGAAUAAUUUCUCUUUUUAUCCGAGAUCCACAAUCUUUAUGUAUAUUUUUCAACAGAUCUUUGAAUUUUUCUAGUUUUUGUACUUUUUAAAAAAAAAACUUUUAAUACAGAAAUGUAAAGAAUUAUCAGUAGCAAUAUUGCCAAAAUCAUUUUGUGCCUCGUAUGGAUCUGUAACAAGGCAGCCAUUGACGGCUAUAGGACGGUAUUCUGUGCCUGGGAUGCGUUUGUAUGAGGCCUAACUUUUGUAUAUAUUUUACAGGGGUUUAACUGAACCACUAUCGAGCGGAUCCGGAUUCUGUGUAGAUGCUGGUAUAUAGGAAUUGUGGCUUUAUUCCAGAGACUCAUGGUUUUUCACUUCUGUUGAGUGAAUGAAAUGAAUAGGAAUUUGCAGCUCUGAGGAGGAUUACUCUAUGGUGACCUCCAGCCACCCUGUUAUUCUGGAAACUAUAAAAGUAUCACUCGAGACUAGUGGGCUCCAAACCCUCCCAAAUCCUCAAUGAGGGUCUAACCAUGCCACAUAUGACAGUAUAAUGUCUAUGGGCUCAGAGCACUUACGCAAUAGGGAGCAAUGAGAUCAGUUUUGUCAUCUGUGUAGAGGCCACAUGUAAACGAGCUCGAACACUAAAAUCCUGUUCCAGAUCCAACCUUCUCUGCCGAUUAAUUUCUUAAUAUGUCUCUGCAGGGGAUCCAGAGCGCCAACUGCUAUAUAGCCAUAGAAUGAAAUGUUAAUAUGUUGUUUGCCCAUAACCACCACUAGGGGGCCAUUAAUGGUUAUGGUUAUUUUUUAUUUUUUUAUUUCAACUGUAUGCAGCUAGCUCCCUCUAGUGGUGGCUUCAUUAUUAGACUGCUUGGUCCGAUUUUGGCCAAUGAUGAUGGAGUUUGUCGAAGGUCCCCGAUUUCAUGAUUUGAACCUCUCCCUCCUUUGUUUAUCUGCAAUUUAAAUUCAAUCCAUGUAUGUAUGUGAAAUCCCAUUAAUAAACAAUGCAAAUGCAUGUAGAACCAUAUAUGAUGCAUCUAUUGACAUAGCAUUUUAUUGUAGUGGAGCUGGGCGUGCGUAUGCGUGCUCAUGCAUGUAUUAA